CCUUGCCUCCCAAGUUGAACACCCGUUUCAAGCUUCAACGAGAGAGAGAGAAACACAAGAAGAGCCAUGGCGACUCCUGAUGACCGUGGCAGCUGGCUGCUGUACAUGUCCCUGGCCGCCAAAUGCGGCGGCGAUCAGCCGCACUGCCUUGCCGGUUUUCUGCUGACUUGCGCCCUCGCGCUCCUCGUCACUUGCCUCCUUUACUGGUCCUUCCCAGGAGGGCCGGCGUGGGGAAGGUGGUGGUGGAUGUGGCGGGGUCUGCGGCUCGGGGGCGCGGCCGUCCCGGGGCCGAGGGGGCUGCCGGUGAUCGGGAGCAUGUGGCUCAUGACGGGACUGGCGCACCGCAAGCUCGCGGCGGCAGCCGAGAGCCUGCGCGCUCGGCGGCUGAUGGCGUUCUCCCUCGGCGAGACGCGGGUGGUGGUGGCCGCGCACCCGGACGUGGCGAGGGAGAUCCUCAACAGCCCAGCGUUCGCGGACCGGCCCAUCAAGGAGACGGCGUACAGGCUCCUGUUCAACCGCGCCAUCGGGUUCGCACCGCACGGCGCAUACUGGCGCGCGCUUCGCCGCGUGGCGUCCACGCACCUCUUCUCCCCGUGGCAGGUCGCGGCCUCAGGCGCGCAGCGCGCGGUGAUCUCGCGCCAGAUGGUCAGCGCCCUGGCGGGCGCGUCGGCCGCCAGUCUCGACGUCGAGGUUCGGCGCAUCCUGCGACGCGCGUCCCUGCACAACGUGAUGUGGUCGGUGUUCGGCCGCCGUUACGAUCUGGAGCUGGAUCCCGGCAAGGAAAACCCGGAGACCCGGGAGCUGAGGAGCCUAGUCGACGAAGGAUACGACCUGCUGGGCCAGCUCAACUGGUCCGACCACCUCCCCUGGCUUGCGCGCUUCGACCUGCAGAGCACCCGGGCCAGGUGCGCGCGCCUCGUCCCGCGCGUCAACCGCUUCGUCGGCAGCAUCAUCGACGAGCACCGCGCCCGUCAUGACCACCGCUUGGCUCCACCCGCCGCCAUGGACUUCACCGACGUCCUGCUCUCGCUGCAAGGCAACGAUCGGCUCGCCGACUCCGACAUGAUCGCCGUUCUUUGGGAAAUGGUGUUUCGUGGCACGGACACCGUGGCCGUGCUGAUCGAGUGGGUCUUAGCCAGGCUCGUGCUGCACCCUGACGUGCAGGCUCGUGUCCACGACGAACUGGACCGCGUGGUCGGACCUGCCCGGGCCGUCACCGAGUCUGACUCGGGGUCACUGGUCUACCUCCACGCUGUGAUCAAAGAAGUACUCAGGCUCCACCCGCCGGGCCCACUGCUCUCGUGGGCACGUCUGGCCACGUCAGAUGUACACGUGGACGGGUUCCUUAUCCCUGCUGGCACCACUGCCAUGGUGAACAUGUGGGCCAUAACACAUGACCCUGACGUGUGGGCCGAGCCGAUGGAGUUCCGUCCCGACCGGUUCCUUGGCUCGACCGAGCUCCCUAUAAUGGGGUCUGAUCUUAGGCUCGCGCCGUUCGGGGCCGGCCGGCGGAGCUGCCCGGGGAAGAGUCUCGCCAUGGCCACCGUGGCAUUCUGGCUCGCCACGCUGCUGCACGAGUUCGAGCUGCUACCCUCCCCCAACCCGGCACGCGGCGUCGACCUGUCGGAGGUGCUGAGGCUGUCAUGCGAGAUGGCUGCGCCGCUGGCGGUGACGGCGAGGCAUCGGCGAGCGGUGUGAUGAUCGUGGACAGACGGACCUAGUCAGUGGGGGUCUCACUCUCAGCAUAUGCUUUUUGGGGUCGUUGCUGCCACCGGUCAGCUUUCUAGCUACUACUACUCCACCUGGUUGAUAGAUGUACCAAUCAACCAGGUGCCAAAUGUGAUAUUUUGGUUUGUACUGCUUGGACUUUUCUUUUUUCCUCCGCUUUCUUUUUUAUGUGUGGCAGAAGUGGAGUGCUUCUUAAAAUGCUGGUGCAAUGUAUGUAUGUAUAUUAGUAUAUAUAUAGUCUUUAUGGAGUUGUAGAUCAUAUUUAGUACUUGUAUUUGGUAAGGAUAAUCGUCUUCAACGCCUGAAUAUGAGGACCUGAAUCAUUCCUGCUUA